AUGACUGUCACGCUCGGCUCGACUCUCUCGAAUGUAUUCGACAAGCGUCCGCGCCCGUCCCCUGGCGGGUCAGCCGCAUCAUUACCGCCGGAAAAAUGCGCACGGGCAACCUCCACCCCAGCGCACCGCAUCUCGCUCAGCGACAUGCCCACCCUCGAAGGCUUAGCCGCCCCCUCAAUGCCUCCUUUGCGACCUGCGAUGAGAUCUAUGGAUGGCGCGCGCCCCGGGCGCCUGUCGAUGUCGGUGCGUAUCGAGGAGCGCCCGGUCAGCGUCAUCAUCGUUCCUCCGCGGCCGGACACGCCCCCGGCGCUCCCGACGCGCAUCUUCAAAAAGCUAUCCGGAGGAUUCACGAGACCGCGAGGUGUCCGCGGUCCUCUGGGCUCUAUCCGCCGCUGA